GCCCAAGUGGGUUGUUGUGAACGCAAUUUAAAGAAAAUUCGAAUAUUUUCGAUGGAUAAAAAAAAAUAAUUUUUGUUAAUAAAUGCUAACUAGAAAUCAUUUUUCUUAAAAUUUUAAGAGAGUAGCUGAUUCUAUUUUAUUCCGGAUUUUCAUUACGUGGAACCUUCAAGGACUGUAAUAUUCUGAAGUGGGCCCUGACAAGCAUAACGGCCACACGAUCUUCUUGAGAUUGAAGUGACAACUAUAAGAAUGUGAGGUUUUCCAAGAUCCAACAAUCCAGAUUACAAAAUACGAUGUGUGUUAUAUGGGAUUCAGCACUACAUACGAGGAAACAGCAAUACCUCCAGUAGAUUUUUAAAAGUUUUGAUUUAUCUAUAUUCUUUAUUGUUUAUUGUUAUAGUUUUAUAAACAAUUUGAUAUGCAAACAGAAAAGAGAAAUGCUUCGCUUUUAAUUCAAGUGGUAAAGAGUAUUUCCAUGAAAGAAAUUUAAAAAUAAAUCUUUCCAUUCGAACAUAAGAGACUUCAUGCAAGCAAUAUUAGGAAUAUUUAAAAGAAUGUUUAAAAUUUCGUUCGAAAACGAAAACUAAAACAAAAUUGUCUGCUUAUAAUUUAUGAUUUAGAUUUUCUUUUUUUAACGAAUUGUUUUAAAAAUUCGCGUACUUUUUACCACCGUAAUGGAAGCGUCAUGUGCUAAUGAUUUAUAUGGUCAAGCGAAUACUCAGCAGGAAAUUUCAAAGGAAGAAUUACAAGUUAAUGCUGAAAAGAAAUCUUAUGAAUGUGAUAUUUGCAGUCGAGCUUUUUCUCGAUUGUCUAAUUUGAUAAGACAUUUGAGGGUUCACACGAAAGAGAAACCGUACACAUGCGACAUUUGCUGCAAGGCAGUUUCUAACAAAUCUGAAUUAAAAAUACAUUUACGAACACACACGAAAGAAAAGCCGUUUGCAUGUGAAAUAUGUCAUAAAGCAUUCUCCGUAAAAUGGACUUUAAAAACACAUUUAUGGCUACAUACGAAAGAGAAGUCAUAUACAUGCAGCAUCUGCAGUAGAGCAUUUUAUCGUCUCACUGAUUUAAACAAACAUUCGCGGAUUCAUACGAAAGAAAAACCCUAUAUAUGCGUUAUUUGUUCUAAAGCAUUUUCUUUCAAUUCAAGUCUGAAGAAACAUUUACGGACGCACACGAAAGAGAAACCGUUUGUAUGUAAUGUCUGCGAUAAAGCAUUUUCUGAAAGUUCAAGUUUAAUAAAACAUUCUCGGAGGCAUACUAACGAAAAACCGUAUGCAUGUGAAAUGUGCAGUUGGGCGUUUUAUGACAGCUCAGGUUUAAGAAGACAUUUACGGACGCAUUCAGAAAAGAAACGAGUUGCAUAUGAUGAUAAAACGUGUGGCAGUAAAACAUUUUCCGAAGAUUCGAGCUUAAAUAUGAAUUUACAGAAGCACACAAAAGAAAAACCGUUUGCUUGUAACAUGUGUGAUAAAGUCUUCUCUAUUAGAGGGAACUUAAUUGUACAUUUAAGAACGCAUUCGAAAGAGAAGCCGUAUACAUGUGGCGUAUGCGAUAAAGCAUUUUCUGACAGCUCGAAUUUAAAAAGGCAUUUCCGGUCUCAUACAAAUCAGAAACCAUUUGCAUGCGCGGUGUGCGAUAAGGCAUUUGCUGACAACAGGAGUUUAAAAAAACAUUUGCAGACGCACACAGAAGUGACCCUAUCUGCAUAUGGAAUAUGUAAUAAAACACUUUCUGGAAACUCAAGUUUAGAAAUUAAUUUGCAGACGCAGACGAGAAACAAAUCGUUUGCUUGUGACGUAUGUGAUAAAAUAUUUUCUAGAAGAGAGAACUUAAGAAGGCAUUUAAAAGUUCAUACGAACGAGAAACCGUAUGCAUGUGACGUGUGCCAUAAAACAUAUGCUAACAGCUGGAGUUUGAAAAGACAUUUGCCGACGCAUACAGAAAAGAACUCAUUAGCAUAUGACUUGUGUAAUAAAAAAAAAUUUGGAAACUCGAAUUUAAAAAUGAGUUUGCAGACGCAGACGAAAGAUAAAACGUUCGCUUGUGAUAUGUGUGAUAAAGUAUUUUCUGUAAGAGGAAGCUUGUAUAGACAUUUAAGAACACAUACGAAAGAGAAGCCGUAUGCAUGUAACAUGUGCUCUGAAGCAUUUUCUGACAGCUCGAAUUUAAAAAGACAUCUGCGAAGUCAUACUAAGGAGAAACCUUAUGCAUGCGAUCUGUGUUAUAAAGAGUUUUCAUACUACACAAAUUUUAAAAGGCAUUCGCGGACUCAUACUAAGGAGAAGCCAUUUACAUGCGAUGUGUGCAAUAAAUCCUUUGUUGAGAAAUGGGUGUUGAAGAAACAUAUUUUGAUACACGCGAAAGAGAAACCAUGCGUGAAUGUAUAAUAAAUCAUCUACUGGUAACUAUUAUUUAAAUAAACAUUUACAGAAAAACAAGCAUGUGUCAUUUGUAAUAAUUCUUUUAUCUUCUUUUUUGAUUCACACAAAAGAGAAACCAUGCGUGAAUGUAUAAUAAAUCAUCUUCUAGUAACUAGGAUUUAAAUAAACAUUUACGGAGA